AUGGUAGUAAGUAAAAUGCUUCUCAUCUUCGUAGCGUACCUCUUUAGCGUCGCUUAUGGCGCCUCUUCUUGGGAUAUGGUGGAAGUGCUUCUCGUGAGCGAGCACUAUGGCCAUAAUUCGCAGCAUUCUGCUUUAGAUGAUUUCAAUGAUCUUUUUGACGAGUUUGCCGAAAGUCAAGGAAUCCAUUUCAAUAAGAGAAACUUUCGCGAGCUUCAAACAAACACAAACGGUUUAUUUCUCGCGAAAUAUGGUCUUCGAGGCAUUGAUUGUGAAGGGUUCCGUAAAUUUCUGAGUGGUAUCAAAGCUCAAAAAUACCAUCUCCAUUACGCAUCGGUGAAGUGUGGACCAGCCACAUUCUCCCUUUGCAUGGCGUUCUCAUGUGAACCAUAUGAAGUUUCAAGAAUUGCCACUACUACAAGUGGAAACUACUAAACUACUUAGUAGACAGGCGCGAUAUAGCGCACAUAAUUGUAUAUUCUGGAUUAAAUAAAGUCUUGACUAUC